AUGGCAGAAAUCCAAGAUGAGAAGACCACUUCACCUCCGCAGGAAGAAGCAGUCAGUGAUGGCAGCACCGGACCGGCAACUGCCUCAAAUGGCAACGUGCUGGACGGCGGCUUGCAGCGAGGCCUGAAGAAUCGCCAUCUGCAAAUGAUCUCCCUGGGUGGCGUGGUAGGGGCAAGCAUCUGGUUCGGCACGGGGUCGGCGGUGGCGUACAGCGGACCGGUCGGGGCGCUGCUGUGCUUCUUCAUCGUCGGGGUCGAUGUAUUCUUCGUGAUGCAGUCGCUGGGCGAGAUGUCGACACUGUUCCCGAUCCAGGGCGCCUUCGUCGAGCUGGCGGGCCGCUUCGUCGACCCGGCCCUGGCCUUCAGCCUCGGCUGGAACUACUGGUACCUCUGGGUGACCAACAUCGCCAACGACUACAACAACAUCAGCCUCGUGCUGCAGAACUGGACCGGCCGCGUGCCGGGCUACGGCUGGAUCCUGCUCUUCUGGGCCUUCUUCUCCGGCACCAGCCUGCUCGGCGUCGUCGUCUGGGGCGAGAUGGAGUUCUACUUCGCCGCCUGGAAGCUGCUCUGCGUCAUUGUCGUCGGCUUCCUCCUCGGAAUCCUGGUCAACACGGGCGCCAUCGGCGGCGAGUACGUCGGGUUCCGGUACUGGGCGGACCCGGGCCCGAUCGCCAACGGCAUCGGGGGCUUCGGGCAGACGUUCGUGCUGGCGGCCGUCUACUACUGCGGGACCGAGAUGCUGGCCUUCACGGCGGCCGAGAGCCGCGACCCGCGGCGCGACCUGCCGCGGGCGAUCCGCCAGACCUUCUGGCGCAUCCUGGUCGUGUUCCUGGGGCUCGUCUUCUUCGCGGGCCUGCUGGUGCCGUCGACGGCGCCGGACCUGCUGGGCGCCACGAGCAAGGCGGCCAAGAGCCCCUGGACCAUCGCGCUGGUGCGCGCGGGCUGGCCGGGCGCCGGCCACCUGCUCAACGUCGUCAUGAUCACGGCGCAGUUCUCGAGCGUCAACAGCGCCAUCUACAUCUCGUCGCGGACGCUGGUGGCGCUGGCGCGCAACGGGCGGGCGCCGCGCUUCUUGGGCGCCACGACGGACAGCGGCACCCCCGUGCGCGCCAUCGUCUUGUCGCACGCCCUCGGCCUCCUCAGCAUCCUGAACACGGCCGCCGGGCCCGGCAAGGUCUUCACGUACCUCGUCGACAUCUCGGGCGCCGCGACCUUCGUCGCCUGGGCCAUGGUCGGGCUCACGCACCUGCGCCUGCGGGCGGCCUGGGCCAGGCAGGGCCGCGGCCUCGACGAGCUGCCGUACCGCGCGCUGCUGUACCCCUACGGAGCCUGGUUCGUGCUUGUGAUCAACACGUUCCUGGUGCUCAUCUACGGGUACUCGGUCUUCGUCGGGGGAUUCAAGGCGGUCGACUUUGUGUUCUCGUAUGUGGUGGUCGCCAUCUUCGCCGUGCUGUAUGUGUUUUGGAAGGUGCUGAAGGGGACCAAGAUCGUGCCGCUCAUGGAGAUGGAUCUCGUGACGGGGAGGAGAGAAUACAUAAGGCGUGAUACUAGUGUGGCAGGUGAAGACCCAGGAAUCGGUACAGAGAAAGAAAAGAGCGUUCCUUGGUACAUCAAAGUUAAGAGGAUCAUUUUUGCGUAA